GGCGGCGGGGCCGGGUGUGGGAGCCGGGUCCACGCCCAGAGUGGCGACGGAGCGCGGCGGCUCCGGGCUGACAUGCGGCGCGGACCCGGAGGCGGCAGCAGCUGCGGCGGCGGCCGGAGCAGUAGGCGCCCGAGCAGCGCGAGCGGCCGAGCGGGCGGCUUCCUGGCCUGGGUGCUCCGGGGGCGGCUGAGGUGCGCGCGGAGCCAUGGUUAUCAUGUCGGAGUUCAGCGCGGACCCGGCGGGCCAGGGUCAGGGCCUGCAGAAACCCCUCCGGGUGGGUUUUUACGACAUUGAGCGGACCCUGGGUAAAGGCAACUUCGCGGUGGUGAAGCUGGCGCGGCAUCGAGUCACCAAAACGCAGGUUGCAAUAAAAAUAAUUGAUAAAACACGAUUAGAUUCAAGCAGUUUGGAGAAAAUCUAUCGUGAGGUUCAGCUGAUGAAGCUUCUGAACCAUCCACAUAUCAUAAAGCUCUACCAGGUUAUGGAAACAAAGGAUAUGCUUUAUAUCGUCACUGAAUUUGCUAAAAAUGGAGAAAUGUUUGAUUAUUUGACUUCCAACGGGCACCUGAGUGAGAACGAGGCACGGAAGAAGUUCUGGCAAAUACUGUCAGCCGUGGAGUACUGUCACGACCAUCACAUCGUCCACCGGGACCUCAAGACCGAGAACCUCCUGCUGGAUGGCAACAUGGACAUCAAGCUGGCAGAUUUUGGAUUUGGGAAUUUCUACAAGUCAGGAGAGCCUCUGUCCACGUGGUGUGGGAGCCCCCCAUAUGCCGCCCCGGAAGUCUUUGAGGGGAAGGAGUAUGAAGGCCCCCAGCUGGACAUCUGGAGCCUGGGUGUGGUGCUGUAUGUCCUGGUCUGUGGUUCUCUCCCCUUUGACGGGCCUAACCUGCCGACGCUGAGACAGCGGGUGCUGGAGGGCCGCUUCCGCAUCCCCUUCUUCAUGUCUCAAGACUGUGAGAGCCUGAUCCGCCGCAUGCUGGUGGUGGACCCUGCCAGGCGCAUCACCAUCGCCCAGAUCCGGCAGCACCGGUGGAUGCGGGCUGAGCCCUGCUUGCCAGGACCCGCCUGCUCCACCUUCUCCGUGCACAGCUACAGCUCCAACCUGGGCGACUACGACGAGCAGGCGCUGGGUAUCAUGCAGACGCUGGGCGUCGACCGGCAGAGGACGGUGGAGUCGCUGCAAAACAGCAGCUAUAACCACUUCGCUGCCAUUUAUUACCUCCUCCUCGAGCGGCUCAAGGAGUAUCGGAAUGCCCAAUGUGCCCGCCCCGGGCCUGCCAGGCAGCCGCGACCUCGGAGCUCGGACCUCAGCGGUUUGGAGCUCCAGGUGCCUCAGGAAGGCCUUUCCACUGACCCUUUCCGACCCGCCCUGCUGUGCCCGCAGCCGCAGACCUUGGUGCAGUCUGUCCUGCAGGCCGAGAUGGACUGUGAGCUCCAGAGCUCGCUGCAGUGGCCCUUGUUCUUCCCGGUGGAUGCCAGCUGCAGCGGAGUGUUCCAGUCCCGGCCCGUGUCCCCCAGCAGCCUGCUGGACACAGCCAUCAGUGAGGAGGCCGGGCAGGGGCCAGGCCUAGAGGAGGAGCAGGACGUGCAGGAGUCCCUGCCCAGCAGCACGGGCCGGAGGCACACCCUGGCCGAGGUCUCCACCCGCCUCUCCCCACUCACCGCUCCAUGUAUAGUCGUCUCCCCCUCCGCCUCGGCAAGUCCUGCAGAGGGAACCAGCUCUGACAGUUGUCUGACCUUCUCUGCGAGCAAAAGUCCUGUGGGGCUUAGUGGCACCCCGGCCACUCAGGGGCUGUUGGGCACCUGCUCCCCGAUCAGGCUGGCCUCACCCUUCCUGGGGUCACAGUCCACCACCCCGGUGCUGCCGACUCAGGGGGCCUUGGGAGGAGCUGUUCUGCUCCCUGUCAGCUUCCAGGAGGGACGGCGGGCGUCGGACACCUCACUGACUCAGGGGCUGAAGGCCUUUCGGCAGCAGCUGAGGAAGACCACGCGGACCAAGGGGUUUCUGGGGCUGAACAAAAUCAAGGGUCUGGCUCGCCAGAUGUGCCAGGCCCCAGCCAGCCGGGCCAGCAGGGGCGGCCUGAGCCCCUUCCACGCCCCUGCACAGAACCCAGGCCUGCACGGCGUUGCAGCCGGCAGCCGGGAGGGCCGGAGCCUGCUGGAGGAGGUGCUAGAACAGCAGAGGCUGCUCCAGUUACAGCACCAUCCGGCCGCUGUGGCCGGCUGCUCACAGGCCGCCCAGCCAGCCCCCGCCCAGUUUGUGAUCGCCCCCUGUGAUGGCCCCGGGGCUGCCCCGCUCCCCAGCACCCUCCUCAUGUCAGGGCUCCCGCUGCUGCAGCCCCCACUCCUGCAGACCGGCGUCUCCCCAGUGGCCUCGGCGGCGCAGCUCCUGGACACACACCUGCACAUUGGUGCCGGCCCCACCACCCUCCCCGCUGCGCCCCCACCACGCCUGGCCAGGCUGGCCCCGGGUUGUGAGCCCCUGGGGCUGCUGCAGGGGGACUGUGAGAUGGAGGACCUGACGCCCUGCCCCCUGGGGACCUUUGUCCUGGUGCAGUGAGGGCAGCCCUGCGUCCUGGCGCGGACACUGACUCUUACAAGCAAUAACUUCAGAGUAGGUGAAGAUGUCUGGACUCAAAAGCCAAUAACUUUCUAGAAGCGAAAUAAGCAAUACGUUAGGUCGUUUUGGCUUUUUAGUUUAUUUUUGUUUUAUUUUUUUCUUGCACUGAGUGACCUCAACUUUGAGUAGGGACUGGAAACUUUAGGAAGAAAGAUAAUUGAGGGGCGUGUCUUGGGGGCGGGGGCAGGAGGGGAGCUGGGUGGAGGGAACACAUCUGCAGUGCCGUGGCAUGGGGAUCUCGGCCCCUCUCUCUGGGUUCCUCGUGGUUGAGAUGAUUACCUCGGACGUCCACGGAAACAAGCGGGCGCAUCGUUGUCUGCUCGUGUGUGUGUGUGUGUGUGCGCGCGCGUGCACGCGUGCAUUGAUUACUAUCCAUUUCUUUAGUUAACACUCUCCACUUCCUGAUUUAUGCUUUAAUGAAAACUGUGAACUUUCUGCUUCAUGUAUUGGUUUUAAAGCAGCUCUAAGUGGUCAGCCCAGGCGAGGAUCACCUACAGGUUCUAGGAAUUCUCUCCCCUGAAAUCAAAACCUGGAAGACACGUUUUUCUUAUUUUAGAUGAGAAGUUUUAUAAACUACUCAAGAGUUAGUUUUCCAGGACUCUUUGGAGGAACCGCAGGAAGAACCUCAAAGAGGGCAGAGGUGACUUCAAAGUGCGGGGGACUCUGUCCUGAGGGUCCCUUGGCCCUGAGCCCCCAGGCGCCCUUGCAGAAGCCCAGAAGCUUCUUCAUGCUGCACCUCCCGUUUCUGCUGCUGAUGACGUUGAUGCAUUUCAUGAUGGGGUCCAACAAGAACACCUGACUUGGGUGAAAUUGUGCAAUAUUGGAGGCUGACUGCAGGGCUGGGCAGCUGGGAGACGGGCUCAUGGCUCAGGGCCAUGCCUGCCUGGGCCGGGACCCCCCGACUGCCCUGACCGCCCCUACCUGGGCUCUUCUUUGGCUUUUGUUCAAGGAAGGUAAAGUGAGAGGUUUAGGUCAGUGUUUUCAAGUUUUUGUUUCUUUUUUUAAAGCAAAUCCUGUACAUGUAUCUACACGGGAGACAGGUAAACACUACUUAUUUGUUAUAUUUUGUACUACACGUUUGUGUUCCAGGUUUAAGCUUCCCUCAGUCGUGUUGUUAAGAAGCGUCCCUGUCAGCACAGGUGUGCGUUGAGGAAGGAGCCCUAGGGCCUUCCCUCCCUCAGCACUGGGGUGGAGGCCGCAGGAAGGGGCGGCCCUUACCUGGCAGGUCCGGGCGCACCUCUGGCAGGUGGACUCCGUGGGGCUCCACCAGCCAGAAGCCUCUGGAAGGCAACAAAGGCAGUGCUGCUCCUACUCACCCUGAGUCCAGUCCCCGCCCUCAAACCCAGCCCAGGUGCCUUCAGCUACUUCGGCUUCUUACACCCUGCAGUGUUAAACAGAGGCAUUGAGAAAGGGGAAAGGCGGGUAUUUUUAAAAGCCAAAGAUUGACCCAGUUACUUGAGGGUAGGGAGGCGGGCCCAGUGCAGGAGGCUGCAUCCCUGGGCUGCCGGCGCCCACCGGGGGCUGCGCCCGUGCCGUGCCGUGCCGCAGGGAAGCUGGCUGCCCCCGUUCUUGCUGCUGCUGCUGCUCUGUGGCUGUUUCAAAGACUGGACGAGAGGCUGUCUGGAGGGCAGACCUGGUGCCUUGCCGCAGAGAAAACACCAAAGUCUCCUGUUCGCUCAUAAAGAAGUCUUUGGGAUGGGAGAGCAUCCAGACCAUCUUGGGGCAGCCAGGCCCUUGCCUUCAUUUUUACAGAGGUAGCACAAUUGAUUCCAACACAAAACCCCUUCCCCUUUUCAAAAUGACUUCUGUUCUAAUGCCACAGAUCAAAGGCCUCAGAAACCAUUGUGCGUUUCCCCUUUGAAGCAAUGACGAGCACUUUACUUUCACAGUGGUUUUUGUUUUUUCUUAUUGCUGUAGAACCUCUUUUGGAGGAUGUUAAAGGCGUGUUUUUCUUGUUUUUUUAAGAGUGUGUGCUAUGUGUUUUGUAGAUUUCUUGACAGUGCUGUAAUACAGACGGCGAGGCAAUGGCCUAUUUAAAGACACUACGUGAUCUGAUCGAGAUGUACAUAGUUUGUUUUUUGUUUUUUGUUUUUACCAUAACUGAAUUAUUUUCUCUCUUAUAUUAACAUGAGAAAUGUAUGCCAAAUGAUUAGUUGAUGUAUGUUUUUUAAUUUAAUAUUUAAAUAAAAUAUUUGGAAGGAAAAAA